AUGUUUGUACCAAAUGCCACAAGUGUCGUUCUGGCUAUUCAUUUUCCAUACGGUAUUCAACAAACAGAUGACGCUCGCACCUUGGAAACUAAUCUAACAUUAAAUAAUAAUUGUGAACAUUUUGAAACAUUACUUAAAGAUAAACAAAAUGAAUUUAAUCAGUUAACUGUAUUAAAUGACGAAAUAAAAACGAAAAAUUCAACGAUUAUUGAUGAAUAUAAACAAGUGCAAGAACAACUAAAAGAAAGUCAAAAUGAAAUAUUUGACCUGAAACAAACAAUUGAUAAUAUCAAUACAAAAAAUUCAAAAAUCACUGACAGACUUGAACAAGUUAACAAACAACUUGAAGAAAAACAAAACGAAAUUGUUCAACUUACUAUUACUAUAGAUCAAUUAAAAGAAACUAAUGGAAUAAUCAAUGAGAAACAUAAACAUAUCGAAAAAGAACUUGAAAAACGACAAAAUGAAGUCAUUCAACUUACAGCUAUUAUAGAUGAAAUAAAAACAACAAAUACAACAAUGGCGAAGCAAUGUAACGAAUUUAAAGAAACUAUUGAAACGCUCAAAGAAUCACAAAUUCUUGAUCAACAAUUAUUGGAACAGACAAACAAAGAAAUCGAAACACUCAAACAAAAUCUUUCCAAUGAACAAUCAAAUUCCAAUGCUUUAAAACAUGCACAACAAUCUUAUAUCGAACGAUUAACCACUGAACAUGAACAAAUAAUUGAAAAUCUAAAAUCUGAAUAUCUUUCGAUGACUCAAGAAAAAAGUGAAGAAAUUGAUAAUGUUCAUCAACAAUUAUUAUUUCAACGUUCUGAAAUUGAUUCUUAUCAAGAUACAAUCGACAAUUUACGAAAAGAACUUCAUGAAUAUGAAAAAAAAUUUCUACAACAAAAUUCUCAACUUGAUCAUUUACUUGAUGAACAAAAACAACAAUCACAAAUAAUAAUACGUUUAAAAAAUAUACUUGGUGUUGAUACAACUAAUCAUGAUGAACUUCUUGAACAAUUUGUACAUAAAAUGGAACAAUAUCAAUUAUUAAUAACUGAAUCCGAACGUUUAAAUAAUGAUUUAAAUAAACAAAAAUCUGAACAAAUAAAUAUUCAUCAUGAAUUACUACAAUUAGAACAACAAUAUGAUGAUAUGAAAGAUGAAUUAAAUAAAACAAAACAAGAAUUAAUAACAAAUAAAAAUAAAUAUGAAAAUCAAUUAAAUGAAUUAAAUCAAUCGUAUAAACAAUUAGAAAAAGAUAAACAUUCAAUUGAUAUUCAAUUUGAAAAUAUUCAAUGUCAAUUUAUUGAUAAAACUAAACAAUAUGAACAAAUUGAAACAAAAUUUAAUAAAUCAUUAAAUGAAAAAGAUGAACAAAUAUCUAUAUGUGAAGAAAAUAUUAAUCAACAAGAAAUUCUUAAUGAUAAACUUCAUCGAGAAUUAAAUGAUUUACAUGAUGAAUUAAAAACUAAAACAGAUGAAAUUAUUUCAUUACAAGCAAAUCUUGAUAAAAUUCAACAAACAUUACAAUCAAAAAUAAAUGAUAUCGAACAACUUUCGCAAGAAAAAAUUUCUUUAGCAGAAAAUAAUAAUCAAAAAGAAAAACUUUUAUUUCAACAAAAACAAUUAACUGAAGUACAUACAGCAUUAGAAGAAAAAUUUAAUAAUCUUUUAUCGGAAAAAGCUGGAUUAGAAAAUCAAUUAGAUUCAAUUCGAUUACAAAUGCAAACAACAGAAACAAAUAUGAAUAAAAGAAAACAAGAAAAUAUGAAUAAACUUGAACAAGCUGAAAAAAAAAUUAAAGAACUUCUGACUGAAGGUGAUUCACAUCAAUCAGAAAUCGAAAUAUUACGUAAUCAAAUUGUUUCAUUAAGAAAUGCUAAUGAAGAAAAUGUUCGUCGUAUUACUGAAUUAGAUUCUCAAAAAUUAGUUUUUGAACAAGAAAAUACUGAAAAAGACCAACAAUUAAUCGAACGUGAUGAAAAAAUUCAAGAACUUCAAUUAACUCUUAAACAAACUCAAGAAAGUGGAACAAAAUUACGUAAAGCAUUACAUAAAAUGAAAGAAUCUAUGACUAAUAAUGAACAAACACGUAAUCAAGAAUCAGAAGCUCGUUUACGUAUAGUUACUGAAGAAUAUGAACAGAAACUAAAAGAACAAGAAGCAGAAUAUAGUGCAAAUUUAAAAUCUAUUACUAAAGAAAUGAAUUCACAAAUGGAAGAAAAAGAAGAACAAUUCAGUCAACAAUUUCAAGAAUUAAUUAAUAAAAGUUAUCAAAAUGAAAAUACUUUAAAACAAAAAAUUAUCGAAACUGAACAACGAGCAUCAAUCGCUGAAGAACAAUUAAAAGAAAAACAAACAGAUCCUAAUCUUAUUCAAGAACUUGAAAAUCAAAUAAAUAAUCUUCAAACACAACUGGAAAGUUUUAACAAUAGACAAAACAUUCCUAUUCAAACAAGUGAUCAUGCUAUUCAAACAAAUACCGAAGAUUCCAAAUUAAAUUCAUCUCGAACAAAUGCAAAUGAUACUUUACAUUCACAUAUAGUCGAAUCAACUGAACUUGAUUAUUUAAAACGAACUAUUUUAGCUUAUAUGACAGGCACUGAUCGAAUGACUAUGAUCAAAGUCAUUUGUGCACUUCUCCGUUAUAGUGAUGAUGAAAAAUCAUUAAUUAUUGAUCAUGAAAAACAUCGUCCGAAUAGUUGGCUAAAUUCAUCAAGAUAA